AUGGCCACCUUUGCUGAUGAUACCGCUAUACUAGCCUCUCAUGAAGUCCCAGGAACUGCAUCCCAACGACUACAAUCUGAGCUGGAUGACUUGUCGGAGUGGCUUGUGAGAUGGAGGGUGAAGGUUAAUGAAACCAAGUCCACUCAUAUUGUCUGUUUAAUAGCUUCUCCGUGGGGAAAGUGUCCACUGCUAGAGAUAAAUGGACAGACAGUAUCGCAGAAUAUUGCCAUCUGCCGCUACCUGGGGAAGGAGGCAGGACUGGGCGGCAAGGACAACUGGGAGGACCUCAGGAUCGAUGAGAUAAUAGAUGUCAUCACCGAUCUUCGUCUCGAAUUGGCAAAGCCGUACUUGGAGAUGGAUGAACAAAAGAAGGAAGCAUUGAAAAAAACCAUCUUUAAUGAAGUUGCACCAGUUUACUUGAAAAAGCUCGAUACCCAUGUUGAGAAAAACAAUGGCUACUUAGCCAACGGAAAGUUUUCAUGGGCUGACGUGUAUUUUGGAGCUAUUUGUGAAAACUUUAACUUCUUGCUCGGCUACGAAGCAACGGACGGCUACCCAAACUUAAAGGCUCUGAAGGAUAAAAUCCAGGCUCUGCCUGCCAUCAAGGCUUGGAUCGACAGAAGGCCUGCAGAUGACCUUUCCUUUAUUGCAGAGCUGUUUGCUCCAAAAAAAUAAUGCUCAAAAACCAAAAAUCCCACGCACAAAUGUAUAUUUUGUUAUUGUUGAAUGAUGUCUGAUGAUGUAUGAUGAUGAUGUAUAAAUGAACAAUGCCUCUAUGCUUUUCUAAUGAAUAAUGCAAUUAUAAAGUAAGUGUUACUCAAUAAA